AUGAAUCAACUCAUCGUCUUCCUCGUCGCUCUUGUCGCCGUCGUCGCUGCCCAAUUCGGACUCGGCGGAGUCAUGGGCGGAAACCGCGGCGGUUUCGGUCAGCAAGGAUUCGGACAACAAGGAUUCGGUCAGCAUGGAUUUGGACAACAAGGAUUCGGUCAGCAAGGAUUCGGAGCGCAACGAGGAUUCGGUAAUCAAGGUUUCGGAGGACAGCGGGGAUUCGGACAGCAAGGAUUCGGUCAGCAAGGAUUCGGACAACAAGGAUUCGGUCAGCAAGGAUUCGGAGCGCAACGAGGAUUCGGUAAUCAAGGUUUCGGAGGACAGCGGGGAUUCGGACAGCAAGGAUUCGGUCAGCAAGGAUUUAACAACCAAGGAUUCGGUGGGCAACGUGGAUUUGGAAAUCAAGGAUUCGGUGGACAGCGCGGUGCAUUCGGCGGAAACCAAGGAUUUGGUGGAGCUCGAGGAGGAUUCGCCGGAUUCGGAAAGUAA